AUGAGGAGAAAGACAAGAAAUUUCCAAUACCCUGUGAUGAAAGACAAAACCAUCCUCACAGAAGGGAAUGAUCCAGAACCUGAAGGAGAUGGUAGCCAGCACCAGGGUCCUCUAACAAAGGAGAAAGUUCAAGUUGAUAAGAGACAGUAUGUGUGUGCGGAAUGUGGCAAACCCUUCAGUCAGAGUGCCAACCUUACUGUGCAUGAACGAAUCCACACUGGUGAGAAACCGUACAAGUGCAGGGAGUGUGGCAAAGCUUUCAGUCACAGCUCCAACCUAGUAGUGCAUCAGAGAAUUCACAGUGGACUCAAACCCUACAGGUGCAGCGAGUGUGGCAAAUCAUUCAGCGGGAAGUCCCACCUUAUCCGACACCAAGAAGUCCACAGUGAAGAGAGAACUUACGCAUGCAAGGAGUGUGGGAAAACUUUCAGUCGGAGCUCAGGACUUAUUUCCCACCACAGGGUGCACACUGGAGAGAAGCCUUACAGUUGUCUUGAGUGUGGGAAAGCCUUUAGCCGGAGUUCCAACCUCAGUCAACAUCACAGAAUGCACCAAGGGAAAAAGGUGUACCAGUGUAAGGAGUGUGGGCGAUCGUGUGGUUCCCACACCAAGAUUCUAGAUCAUCAGAGACUUCACAGCGGGGAAAAGCCCUACGAAUGCAAUGAGUGUGGGAAAGCCUUCAUCUUAAAGAAGAUGCUUCAAGAACACCAGCGACUCCAUCGCCGAGAGAAACCUUACACCUGUAACGAGUGUGGCAAAGCCUUUACUUCCAAUCGCAAUCUUCUGGACCAUCGGAGAGUUCACACUGGAGAGAAGCCUUACAGCUGUAAUGAAUGUGGGAAAUCUUUCCGACAGACUUCCCAAGUUAUUCUCCAUUUGAGGACCCACACGAAGGAGAAGCCUUACAAGUGUGAGCUCUGUGGGAAAGCCUACCGUUACAGCUCGCAGCUUUUUCAACAUCAGAGAAAACAUAGCAAGGACAUAGAAGUCUCCUAA